GUAGAGAGAGAAAGGGCACCUUGGAAAUUAUAAAAGAACGAUCAACCGGCAAGAGUGGGGCAGUCGCUUCCAAGUGUACGCCUGGAGUACCACGAUUUGAGAUACACGUUUUUUGAACGCAACCAAGAUGGGCGCAAUUGAAUGGGCAGUCGAUGAGAAUGACUAUGAGUGCACUCUCUCAGAGGAUACUCAGAAGAUCGCAAAGGCUGAACUUAGAGAGGACAAGAACACCAGAGAUCAAGCUCUCGAGCAGAUGCGUAAUUGGAUCAAGAUGAAUCCGCGUAUUGAAAAUUGCCGUCUUGAUGCACAAUUCUUACUCAAAUUUCUGCGAUGCAAAAAGUUCAAUGUGCCGAUGGCCCAAGAAGCCACAGAAAGAUACCUGCUGCUUCGUCAAGUGUAUUCUCCGGCAUUCAAUAAUUUGGACAUUACAGAACCGAAUAUGAGAGAAUUACUGUCAUUGGGAUAUCUCUUUGCUGCUCCUGGCCGCGAUGCGAAAGGCCGUCGCGUAAUAAUCGCUAGACCAGGUGUGUUCGAUCCGCACAAGUACACGAACGUGGACAUGUGCAAGAUUCACGCCAUCACUUAUGAGGCGCUGAUGGAAGACGAGGAAAGUCAAGUGCGCGGUUUUGUGCAUUUUGCCGACGGCGCAGGUGUUAGUUUUCCUCAUUUGACACUCUUCACUCCUAAAGAAGCUGUGCGUAUCGUAAAAAAUGGCGAGCGCACUGUUCCGAUGAGACACAAAGAAGUCCACGCAAUCAAUGCGCAUCCUUCUUUGAAGUUUGCUUUGGAUUUUGGUAUGUCUUUGAUCUCUGAAAAGAUCAAAAGUCGUAUAAAAAUUUACACGAGUCUCGAAGACGCAAUCAACAACAAGAUGGACGUAAGCAUGUUGCCCAAAGAAUACGGCGGUACUAUCCCUAUGAAAGAAAUGAUUGAUUUAUGGCGAAAAGAACUGUUGGAAAUAAAACCAAAAUUAUUAAAUAACGAUAAAAUGAAGGUCCGUCUCGAAUUAUAUUCAGAAAAAGCACGAGAAGGCGCGGUAUCGGCUUUGAAGCAAGGAUUUGGCUGUUCUAGCGUGGGAUCCAACGAUUCCAUGAUGUGUGGCAUAACUGGUUCUUUUAGAAAGCUAGAAGUUGAUUAACAUUAAGUUGUUUUUUUAAGUACUCCCUGUUAAGUGUAUGUAUUCUGAUAUUUGAUGCUUUCACGGUGUGUUGUAUUAACAUUCGAAGAUGUUUUUCGGGUUUGAACCGCGUUAGUGUCAUUUUUAUACCAACGUUUGAGUACUCAAGCAGUAUCAGGACUGCUCUUGAAACCCUGAUGAAGUGAGCUGAAAUGUUCACGAAACGUUGAUAUAAAAAUGACACUAACGCAGUUCAAACCCGAAAAACAUCUUUGAAUGCAUGUAUUCUAUUUAAAAAUAAGAUUGCACAAAGCCUUACUACAUAUAGUUUGACAGCACGCACACAUACUUAUUGUUAGAUUGAUUUUAAAAAGAUAGAGUAAUUUUAGUUUUAUAUCACAUAGACGAAAUAUAUGUAUCUUAAUUAUGUAGAAACUUGAAUAGAUAUAUAAAAUAUUGUACAUAAUAGUGUUGUUGCCCAACACGAUUAAUGAAAAAAAAAUACUUGCUUUUAUUAUUUAUUGUCUGUCUGAGAAAUUGCAACAACAAGUAUUCGCAGAAAAUUUAAGAAUUUUCAUGAGGUCAACCAUUUGCCAAUUAUAUCGCGAAUCUUCAUUCUGGCUU